AUGGCCACAAAACAGAGCGAGCAAAUCCCUUCUCCUGCUCAGGGGGUAGGGCCAGUCUACAGACCAGAUAGAGAAAAGCCCACCGCAACUGUUUCGAAGGAAGUCAGCUUUGAAAAUGUGCACGUUCUCCCCCAGACCCCUCAACUGAUUGCUCUCCUAACAAUGAUCCGAGAUCAACGAACCGUUCGCGCCGAUUUUAUUUUCUAUUCCAAUCGCAUUAUCCGUCUAUUGGUGGAGGAAGGCCUCAACCAUCUUCCUGUCGUUGAGCAGUCGGUGACAACUCCUGUUGGUAGAUCAUACCUGGGCGUCAAGUUUCAAGGGAAAAUUUGUGGUGUUUCUAUAAUGAGAGCGGGCGAAGCCAUGGAACAAGGUCUUCGAGAUUGUUGCCGGUCUGUCCGUAUCGGCAAGAUUCUAAUCCAAAGAGACGAAGAGACUUGCCAACCAAAACUUUUCUACGAAAAGCUUCCUGCUGAUAUCUCACAGAGAUGGGUCCUUCUACUGGACCCUAUGUUUGCUACAGGUGGUUCCGCUACAAUGGCUGUUGAAGUCCUCAAAUCGAAGGGGGUUCCGGAAGAACGUAUCCUAUUUCUCAACCUGAUUGCAAGCCCUCUAGGUGUUGCGGACUUUGCAGAAAGAUUCCCUAAGCUGAGGGUUGUUACGGCCUUCAUUGACCAAGGUUUGGAUGAAAAAAAAUACAUUAUUCCCGGACUCGGAGAUUUUGGUGACAGAUACUACACCCUCUAA